AUGGCACCCCCUUACACGUACCCACUUUCAGGUGUCUUUUAUUUCAUUACGCAUCCACAGCUAUGGCGUAAAGUAUUGUGUCCAUUCCUCCUGACGUUGGCGUUUGGUAUCUUUUCACUUGUGGUGUCGUUUGGUUACCUUUUACCACUCCAAGCACAUGCACUGAUUAAUGCCAACUGCCCCAGUUGGCUCGCAUGGAUUGUUUCUGUUAUCUUUGUCUUGUUGGAAUCAGCCAUCCUGGAUAUCCUCUUUUUUGCUAUCAUCGUGGCCACCUUUCAAGAUAUCUUAUUUGAUGCCACGCUCAAGGCACUUGGUAUGGAUCGUAUGUUCGAACAUCGCGUCGACGUCAAUGGUGUUAUCCUCUGCUGUCGUGGCAUGUCUUCGAGUGUGUUGCUUGGUUUGAUAUUGGUACUGGCACAGAUUCUCGGAUGGAUCAUUACUGCUCCGUUGCAUCUAAUCCCAGUCAUCGGUACAGUGAUUGCUUGUUGCAUUAAUGGAUGGCCAGCAUGUUGGGGACAACAUAUCCACUAUGAUCUUGAAUUCCGAGGUCUCCGAGUUACUGAAUCACGACAUUACGCUUGGCAACACCGCUGGUCGUACUGCAGCUUUGGUGCUGUGGCUGUCGCCCUUGAAUUAGUCCCCUUCUUCAACUUGCUGUUCAUGUGGACGAAUGUGGUGGGUGCUGCCAUGUGGGUCGCUGACAAGUAUGAAAAGCAUGAAGCCGAAAUUGCAAAGCAGCAGCAAGGUAGUGGUGCCAUCGGUGGCUCUGGAGACACUUCAGUCGCUUCGCUUUACCCAUCUCAAAGAAAUCCAAGCUCCCAUGUACCAUCCCUUGAAAGCAGUGAGGAGGCUCGUUUGUUGCAAAGCAAUACCAGCAUUUCAAAAGAUGGAUAUGGAUCUGCAGUCGCAUAA